AUGUCCGCAGCUGAGUCGGGAGAGCGUAACCACACGCAGGAAGGGUACCUUAAUCUUGCAACCAACCUUAUGAGCAAGGUUGCAGAGGCUGCCAUCUUCAGCCGGAACAUGGACCUAAUUGUCUUCGAUUUGCUUUUGUAUCAAGCCCAACUGGCUGAAUUUCGUAAAUCAAAGCUCGGAUUGGUGGACAUAGUGGGAAAUCUGAUGCCUGACGGAGCUCCUUUGAAGUUACUUUCGACAGCAGCCAGUUGGAACGACAUUUGCCCAGAAGGUAUCCAAAGCGCCGAACUGAAGUAUUGGUGCGAGGAGAUGCGACCCGUUUUAAAACAGUACAGUAAGCUUUUGAAUGAAGACCUGUGCUUUGAUUUGUUCUGA